CACCAGCUGACUCUAUCAUCAGUCACGAACACUAACACGUCCUCGGGCUCAUCGUUUCCUUCAGUUGUAUAAUCGAAGUACACCUCACGCCAGUUUAGGCAGCGACAAGAAAGCAAUAAAAAUACUCAAGAUGGAGAGAUGGUCAGGUCGUCUGGCGAUGGUGACGGGAGCUGGCUCGGGCAUUGGUGCUGCCUUGACCCGAAGGCUGGUGAAGGAGGGUAUGCGGGUGGUGGGUGUCGAUCUCAACGUGGAGAAAGUGCAGGCCGUGGGGGAAGAGCUCAAGGGUCAGCCGGGUUCUGUUAUUCCCAUCAAGUGUGACAUCACUAAGGAUGACCAGGUGCUGCACAUGUUCCAGCGCAUCAAACAAAAGUACGGAGGUGUGGACGUGUGCAUCAACAACGCAGGAGUAAUGCACAACAUGACCCUUAUGAAUGGGAAACCAGAGGAGUGGCGGAGGAUGAUGGACAUAAAUGUGAUCGCUCUGUGUCUGUGCACCCGGGAAGCUGUGACAUCUAUGCUGGAACGUGGUGUGGACGACGGGCACAUCAUCCACAUCAACAGCGUUGCGGGGCACCAGGUCGCCAACGUUCCAAGUAUGCACUUCUAUACGGCCAGCAAAUAUGCUGUCACUGCCCUCACCGAAGGCAUGCGUCAGGAGCUGAGGCAGACCAACACCAACAUAAGAAUAUCUGCCAUCUGCCCUGGUGUGGUGCAAACAGAGAUCCGAGAUUCAUGGCUUGAUAAGGAUGCAACCGAGAAGUUCUACAAUGACUUCCCGUGCUUGCAACCAGAGGACAUCGUCUCCAGCGUCAUAUACGCCCUCUCCGCACCGCCCCAUGUGCAGGUCCACAAUGUGACGGUAAGAAAUACCAGGCAACAGCACUGAAGCCGCAGAUUGCAACAGUACUCUCAACGCAGAGCAGAAUGAGCCCCUUCCCCCAAGCCCCCAUCCCCUCUCUCUCUCUCUCUCUCUCUCUCUCUCUCUCUCUCUCUCUCUCCGGAUCGUAUUCUGCCCAGCUGCCCGUACCUCGAUUACCUUCAAAAGGCUCUGAUUGAAGUUGCACAGGUAUUUAAGGGUGUUUUAAUGGCUCUAGUGACAAAUCAACAAGAUUCCUACAUUAUCAGAAAAAAAAAACACUUGAAAAACCGGUUAAUUAUCUAUGGCGUUUGAAAGCGAUACUAAUAAAGCAAAGCGUUUCUGAACACGCGCAUCUCUCUUCUGAUUUUGUCUUACCCUUCAAGUUAUAGAUUUUGAAAGUCUCUUAAUAUUUCAGUAUUUUGGAAAUACUCUAUAUGCAUGGUCACAUUUCAAACCAUAUGCUCAAUUAAAGGUAUUAGUUACCAUUUGUUUUUCCUUUGUGUUUCUUUGUGGUUAUGUUCUGUAUCUCUCUUUGAGGAUGUGUAUUAUUAUUAUUGUUAUUAUUAUUUUAUUUCAAUUUUUUUAUUGAUUUAAAUUCACACUCAAUUCCCCCUUUAUUUUUUUUUAUUCCAAUAUUUAGGUAUCACAGAGAUCAUUUGAAUAAAUAAAUAACUAAACAAACGAAA